AUGGAGCCCUUUAAAUGUAUAAAUCGCAUUCAUUUUCAUAUACACGUACCAAUAAAAGUUUUGGAAGAAAAUUUUUUCCGUGAAAACGACGAUUAUCUGACAAAAAUGUUAUCAGUGUGGCUAUUAAUAGUUGUAUUUGUUUCUAUUCAUGCUCAAAAGUCUUUACCAUGGAUUGGCACAUUUAAAACAGAUAACAGAUGCAAUCAACAGCUAUGUUGUUGUCUAAAUGGAAAUGUGAAAAUUAAUGAACAGAAUGCAAAUCAUCUCAAACUAUCCGCUCCAUUAGCUGGUCAAUGUGGUUCAGAAAAGGAGAUUGAAAUGCAGGUAGUUAAACCAACUGGAUAUACAACAGUAAUAUAUUUAGCAGGUCAACCUUUUAGUGUAACAUUAACUGUCGAUAACAAGAUGAUUAGCCUUGAUAAUCGAAUGUAUCCAGAAUGUAGUGGUAAAGCCGUUCGUAAUAGUGCUAGUGGAAUGACGAGAUCAACUAAUUAUUAUUACUUGUAUUGCAUUAUAAUAACGUCCAUUGCUUUACUAAUUCGUCAAAGUUGAACAAAAAAGCUUAUUUUUUUUUAAUCUCGAUAAAGCAAUCAUACUAUAAACCAUUCUUCUUAAUAUAUCUUUUCAUUUGAUCACAAAUAACAGUUAAAAUGGAAAAAAAUAAUAUAGUAAUUCGUCGCUAAGAAAAAUCUAGAUUUAAAACAACCUGAGAAAGAACCAGCGGCCUGAAUAUGUGACGGUCAAUCGACUUAAAAGAUUUGAAACAGAUUUUCCAUCCCAGAUAAGUUUAAAGUAUCUGUCUCCUUAAGUGCAGUUUUUGACGCUAAUGACG